CAAAUGCGCGCCAACCGUUAAACCAAAUCUGCAUCCUACGUGCGAGUGGAAAUCAGCGGAAAAUGUAUCUUAAAUCCGUACAUAUCGACGGCUUCAAGUCGUAUGGUAAACGAGUGGAGAUCGAUGGAUUCGACGCAACAUUCAAUGCAAUUACAGGCCUCAACGGCACUGGCAAAUCGAAUAUUCUCGACGCUAUUUGUUUCGUCCUCGGAAUUUCAAAUUUAUCUCAUGUACGUGUAAGUUCUCUGCAAGAACUCAUCUUUAAGAAUGGUCAGGCUGGCAUAAAUAGUGCCACAGUAACUUUAAUCUUUGAUAAUAGAGACAAAGAUGCUUCACCGCCAGGUUAUGAAAACUUUCAAGAAAUAACAAUCACUAGACAAGUGGUAAUUGGUGGCAAGAACAAGUAUUGGAUCAAUAGUUGUAUUGUACCCAAUAAAAAAGUGGCUGAUUUGUUCUGUUCUGUCCAAAUGAAUGUGAACAAUCCACAUUUCAUUAUAAUGCAAGGCAGAGUUACAAAAGUGUUGAAUAUGAAACCAGGAGAGAUUUUGGCCAUGCUGGAGGAGGCUGCAGGUACCAGAAUGUACGAGUCUAAAAAACAAGCAACUUUGAGGACCAUGGAGAAGAAAACUGCUAAAAUGGAUGAAUUAAAUAGUAUUAUAAAUGAAGAAAUAUCACCAAGAUUAGAAAAAUUGCGGAAUGAAAGAGAAUCAUACAUUAAUUAUACUAAUAUUGAGAGAGAAUUAAUUACUUUGAAGAAAAUGUAUGAUGCUUACUUAUAUUAUGCAUCUCAGAGAUAUUCUGAACACACUCUUAAAAUGGUACAGUCAUCAGAAAGGGAAAUUCAACAAAUUCAGGAUAAUAUCACCCACAAUGAGAAAACUAUUGAAGAAAUCACUGAAGAAUUAUGCCGAAUGUCAAAAGAUGCUGAUGAGAAUUCCGGUGGACAAUUAGCGGCGUUAGAAGCUCAAGUUAAAGAAAAAGAGAAAUUCAACACAAAAAGCACGGUUUCGAUUAAAGCAGUCAAGGAUUCAAUCAAAAACGAAGAGAAGAAGUUGAAAGAUAUUCAUAAAAACAUCAAAGACGAUGGAAUGUUAUUAGAAAACAAACAACAUGAACUAUCAAAAGUGAAUGACUUGUUUGAAAGUUUAAAACAAAAUGAUGAGAAAGACAAUGAAGCAUACAACCAAGCACAAAAGAAAUAUGAAGCAAUUUGUGCUGGUAUGGAAAUCAACGAAUCUGGUGAAGCACAAUCACUGCAAGAACAAUUAAUCGCAAUGAAGGAGGAGGCAGCUGCGAAGAAUACUGAAAUAAAAACCACUAACAUGCACCUUGCCCAAUACGAAAAAGACGUAAAAACAAAACAAGCGCAAAUUGGCACUGCCGGUGCAGAUUAUCAAACAGCAAAAGCAAACUGCGAACACAACAAAGCUGAAAUACACAAACUAGAAACCCAAGCAGCACGCCUCAAUUACAACGAAGAAAUGGUAGCAACUUUAAAACAAAAACACCAACAAUUAUCACGAGAUUUACAAUCUCAUCGCGACAAAGUCGAAGAUUUCGAAGCACGACGACCAUUCACCAAGUUUAACUACCGCGACCCAACUCCAGACUUUGAUCGACGUAAAGUCGACGGCAUUGUGUGUCGUUUAAUCAAAAUCAAAGACACGAAAUACUGCACUGCACUGGAAACAGCCGCAGGUGGUAAAUUAUACAAUGUUGUGUGUAAAAACGAACAAGUAAGCAAACAGAUUUUAACCUAUGGACAACUCCAACAACGCACAACAUUUCUACCGUUGAAUAAGAUCAAAGGAGCAAAGAUACCAGCAAAUGUUGUUAAAUUAGCACAGGAUUUAGUUGGUAAAGAGAAUAUUAUCCCUGCAAUGGACUUGAUUGAAUAUUCUCCACAUUUACAAGUAGCGAUGGAGUUUAUUUUCGGUCAGGUUUUCAUCUGUAAAGACCUGGAUAUUGCUAAGAAGGUGACAUUCCAUGAUAAAAUCAGACGUAAGUGUGUAACUCUUGAUGGAGAUGUCACAGAUCCAAGUGGAACAUUAAGCGGUGGCGCGCGGCAGAAAUCCGCACCGGUUUUGUUGCAAAUUCGUGAAAUUGUCGAAAGUGAACGCGCGUUACAAAAUGGCGACGCUGAGCUUCAAAAACUCACCACCGAACUACGACUGAAGUUACAAAAUCAGGAACAGUUUCAGAAUAUUCAACAUCGGUUGGAUAUCAAGAAAGCUGAGUUGGUUAACAUGGAGAUGUUAUUGAAAGACACUAGUUAUCAUCAGAAUGUACAAGAAGUUGAGAAUUUAACAAAAAUUUCUGAAUUGACACAAACGAUUAACAAUGCGAAGAAAUCAGAGAAAGAAGCAUUGGUUAAGAUUAAAUCUAUUGAAGCGAAUUUAAAAGAUGCGGAUGGGCAUCGUGAACGCAUGUUGAAAUCCGCAGAGAAUGAAAUGUUACAGGCGAAGAACAAAGCGGAAAAGUCGAAGAAAGAGUGGCAGAAACGCGAAGCAGAGUAUGAAACACUUAAAUUAGAAAUAAAAGAAUUAACUGGUUCAUUAGAAACACUACAAAAUGAUAUACAAACAACCGAGAAUGAAAUUGAAAGGUUAAAACAUGAAGCAGACACGUUAGAAAACAAUUUUGUCGAACAUAAAGAAGAGUUAUGUCAAUUGCAAGCACAAUUAAAGACUGAAAAAGCUGCAAUUGCUUCAAAAAAUCGUGAAAUGAGCAAAAAAACCGACCAGAAAGAAAAACUAUCAUCACAAAUCAAUGAUUUCAAUCUAGAAAUUCAAAAACUUGAACAUUCUGUGCAAAAACAUCGUGAUGAGCACAAAAAAGCGAAAACCCGUGAGAGUGAUUGUGAGAAACGCGCAAAACAAAUCGAUAAUAACAUCAUGAAAGAUGCUUCAAAGAUGUCUGAUAAAGAUGGUGCUAAUUUACAAGCACGUAUCGUGGCCAAGGAAGAAAGUCGCACGAAACUCGGCCGGAAUAUCAACGUAAAUGCACAGAUGAUGUUUGACCAUGAGGAGAAACAACACACGUCGUUGUUGAAGCGUAAGCAUAUUAUCGAAACAGAUCAGAUAAAACUCACACAAAUGCUGCGUGAUUUAGACGAGAAAAAGAAACAAGCUGUUCAGUUAGCGUAUAAUCAAGUAAAGAAAGAUUUCGGAUCUAUUUUUACAACGUUAUUACCAGGCGCAAAUGCAACUCUUGCACCGCCUAAGAAUAUGACGAUUGUUGAAGGAUUAGAGAUUAAAGUGAGUCUCGGUGGGAUUUGGAAAGAGAAUCUGACUGAGUUGAGCGGUGGGCAGAGAUCUCUAGCGGCGUUAUCGUUGAUUCUAGCGAUGUUAUUGUUUAAACCGGCGCCGUUGUAUAUUUUGGACGAGGUGGAUGCGGCGUUGGAUUUGUCACACACGCAGAAUAUUGGUACAAUGCUAAAGAACCAUUUUAAACAAUCACAGUUUGUGGUUGUGUCAUUGAAAGAUGGUAUGUUUAGCAACGCCAAUGUUUUAUUCCGGACAAAAUUUAUCGAUGGAGUUUCGGCUGUGGGCAGAACAGUUAACAAAUCUUAAUAUUUCUUAAUAUGUGCUGAUUGAUAGGAAAGAUGUGAAGUUAUAUAUUUUUUAAAUAAAUAAACGGCAUGCUUACUUUGA